AUGAAGUACUCAACCAUCAUCGGCCCUACUAUGUACGCAGGUAUAACAUCAGCCGGUAUCAUCAAUGUUCGGCAGGUUCCUGAUUCCCCUGGUACGGGCGGAGCUUGCACCUCGCUUGAGCUCAUAUAUGGCAAGUGUACCAUUCUCCUCAGUGGGCAACAACGCGGGCUAACUCCUGUGGCACCAGCGCGAGGAACUGGUGAGUCUUUUAGUGCUAAUGGACUGGGCGAGUCCAUCGCUCCGCCGAUCUAUCAAUCGCUUUCAAGCGCGAUCGGAAGUGUUAGCCCCUAUGGGGUGGACGGAGCCGAUGUGGUCCACGAGGGUCUGGCGGUCAUAUCUUCGUCUCUUUAUCCACGUAUCAUCGCGAUCGUUCUCUUCGGUGACCCAGCAAACCGAGGCCCUUCAGGCACUUACCUCGAUCCUCUUGGCAAGGACGCGCCAGGCAUCCCAUCUGGGCUGACCGACAAAGUCAUGGAGGUUUGUGGCGAGGGCGAUCCGAUCUGCACCAACAACGGAACGGACUUCCAGGUGCAUGCCAGCUAUGGUAAAACCGGCACGUAUGUCCAAGAUGCUGCUGUAUAUAUCCUCCGCCAAUACCAGAGCAAGGGCACAAUCGGCCCAGUGGCCGGCGCGAACCCUGGCACACAGACGGCUGCGAACCAGCAGGUAAUUGAAAAUUUUGGAGGCUCCUUGGACUGUAAUUAA